ACUGGGGACACUGGGGACACUGGGGACAAGGACAGCAUCGCCCGCUGUGCGUCCAACCACCCCCUGGUGCGGCAGAUCCGCCGCGAUUGCUCCGACUCCUUCGGGGCCUUCGAGCGCUGCCUUCGGGAGCACCCGGGGGCUGUGGGGGAGUGCGGCCCCCACGUCAGCGCCUUCCUGCUCUGUGCUGAAAAUGUCACCCCAAAUGUCACCUCUGAUGUCACCUCUGGUGCCACCCCCAGGGACAGCCCCGGGGACACCUCUGGAGGUGAGUUUGGAACUGGGAUUUUGGG